GACAGUGUUUCCAGUUUUCAAGAAUUUAAAUAGCUUAAUAGAUAUUCUGACAGCCAGUUUUUAUUGCGUUAGCGAUCCGAAGUUUUCGCCUGAAUCCCGACAUUGGAUCGUCCAGUUGGUCGGCUCUCAAUAAUUGGCUGCAAGUUUGCGGACUGCUGUCUAAUCCAAGGAGGCUGACAGAAAGACUGAGUGACGUUUAGCACCACACCGGAGCUUAUCUGCUGCAGGUGGACACAGUCAAACGGCAGCUUGCCAAUAGCUGGCGCUCCAGUUACUGGUCCGCAGCGUCCGACUCGGACGGCGAGCCCGCCACCAUGUCCAGGCGCAGUCUACGUCUGGGCAACGGCCUGCUGGACCACGGCCAGCCGCUCGGCAGCACCUCCCUCCACGUAGAGGGAAACGGCUGGAGAAACACGAGGAUGUUGAAAUCUCACCGUUCUCUGCAACACUCCGCAUCCUGCUCAGAGUCGCUCCUCGCCCACACACCUCGUAAAUCCUCAAACCAGUCGCUCCACAGCGACGCUUCCGAUGCCUCUCUGCUCUCAUCCUUGUUGAAUGAAUCCUCCCUCCACGAGGCCUCCAUCCAGGAGAGCACAGUGAUUGACAACUUCUGGGUUUUGGACAAAGACCUUGAUCCCAGAGAGAGCACCAUUAUGGAGGAGCAGAGCAGCGUGGUGGCUAACAGCACUUUGAUUGGCUCCGACGCCCGCUGUCCCAAACACCGGGUCCAGAUGCCGACUCGGGUCUCCUGCAAAGAUUGCGAGUGCGGCAGGAGAGAGUCCGGAACUUCAAAUGUCUCAUUUUCCUCCAAGUACACAUCGUUGCAAUCACCCACGUUGGACGCGUCCACCAUAUACUGCAGUGACCGAAGACGGCGGGCCAGAACAGAUGUGCUGCAGCUGUGGUUGGACUGGCUUCUGAUUGGUGCGAGGAGGGCGGCGGCCAGUUGCCACUUUGCACUGGCGCGCGCAUGGCAGAUGUGUCAGGUUGACAAAAAACAUGGGGGGUCUGCCUCUCGUAGGCACUGCGGCGGAGACAUGAGGAGUGCGCAGAGUGAGCUUCACCCCAGCGGAUCUCUAUGUAAUGACUGCAAGGAGAAACAGCACGCGGAGCAGACGCACGUCGCCGUCGCCUCGGUUUGGUCCGCUCGGGCCUCGGCGCUCUGGUGCUUGUUGCGGAACAUCACUGUGUUUACAGUGUGGUCUUUGUGUUGGCUGACCUCGGCGUUGUGGACUCUGACCAGAACAAUGUUGUCGUCGUCAUCUCACGCUGCAGGUAGGUCGUCCGACCUGGGCGGUGUGUUCAAGUGGAUCAGCAGACGGAGUGACAGCCCUCUGCUCACCCGGUUUCCUCUUGCACUCUUCUUGGUUCUUCCAAUCCUCUUCAGUUUGUGUUGGUUUGGCCUCUACGGUCUACCAAGUGCAAGGGUCCUGGAGUGGGGGACUUCUAUCUUUGACAGCCCUCCCCUGUCCGCGGUCGAUGGAUUGGCUUCUACUUCUGGGGGCCAAGCGACAAGGGGAGCUGCGGGGGACUCAGAGGAGACUCGUACAAGUACCGCACACCUUGCUCGUCUGGAGCGCAACCUGGCAUUGCUUUGGGAGCGCGUGGAAGCCGGCGAUGAGAGGGCGGAGCAGAGACACGGCGAGAUGCUGCGGAUGCACACCGAACUGCAGCGCAACGGCAAAAGUGGCAAACUCUGGCUUAGCAGACUGGUGGAACGCCAACUGGCCCAGCUGAGAAGGCGAAUCGAUGACAACCGACAGCAGAGAGAGCAGGUGGUUUUUCAACUUUUGGUUGUUGGCAAAAGUGGCAAACUGUGGCUUAGCAGACUGGUGGAACGCCAACUGGCCCAGCUGAGAAGGCGAAUGGAUGACAACCGACAGCAGAGGGAGCAGGAAUUAUUUUGGUUGCAGAGCCAAAUGUCCCGUCUGGAUCUUGUGGAGGUGAAUCUGCAGAACCUGGCAGCCAAGGCGGAGGAGGAAAUGUCGAGGCAAGAAGCGAUCGACACGGUGGCACCGGCAAUUACUUGGGAUGGGGUCAGCGUUUCUAUGGACCGUCAGUCCCAUGAUGCCUUGAUGGCACAGGUGGAACGUCUGGAGGCGGCUUUGAAGGACAUCAGGCGGGAUGUGGACGCUUUUCUGGGAUGUCAGCAAUUGGACCAGGAGACUAUUUCAUCUCAGGUCUCCGCUCAGGUCCAGAAGGAAGUUCGUGUUCUGCUCUUGGGGAACGAUCUGCAGGCGUAUUUGGCCUCACUGGAGCGCGGCAUCCUCCGCAAUGUCAGCCUUCGUCUCGAGCAGCGCCGCCGUGAGGAGGUGCUCAGAGACGCAGAUGGAAUGGCGCUAACAAGAGAGGAUGUGGACCUGAUGGUGAAGAACGCGCUGCGUCUUUUCUCCCAUGACCGAACUGGCCUUGCUGACUAUGCGUUGGAGUCCGGAGGAGGCAGCAUCCUGAGCACUCGCUGUUCCGAGACCUAUGAGACCAAAGCAGCACUGCUCAGUUUGUUUGGAAUUCCUCUGUGGUACUUCUCACAGUCUCCAAGAGUCGUCAUUCAACCCAACGUUCAUCCUGGUAACUGCUGGGCCUUCCAAGGUUCCACGGGAUUCCUGGUGAUCCGCUUGUCCAUGAGCAUCCUCCCCACUGCCUUCUCCUUGGAACACAUCCCUAAAGCCUUGGCACCCAGCGGCACGCUGCGCAGCGCCCCCAGAGACUUCCGAGUCUAUGGUCUGGAUGACGCCGGUCAGGAGCGAGGGACGCUUCUGGGCUCGUACACAUACCAGGAGGACGGAGAAGCGCUGCAGACCUAUCACGUCACUGAGGAGAAUGAACGUGCCUUCCAAAUCAUCGAGGUGCAGGUGCUGUCCAACUGGGGUCACCAAGAGUACACUUGCCUGUAUCGAUUCAGAGUGCACGGUUCUCCCCGGGAUGCCUGAAUACAACUCUGGUAUCGUUUGUUUACAUCAUCCGUUUCCUGAUUAAAAAGGGCUUGUUGCCAAUGUUUUUUUUUUUUUUUUUGGUGGGGGGGUGCCUUUUGUUUGUGAAGUUGUGCUGUUUUAGUUACGCACUUUUUUAAACAAACUAAACUGACCUUGUGGCCUUGAAUGCAACAUAACUUCCCAAAGUUGCCUUUAGGUGCGUUUGUGUCACAUGUCGGUCGUUUUAAAUGUUGUAUUUAAGAUGUAAAUAAAGAUUUACUCUACAGUG